AUGCCGCGCGCGCUGUCGCCGCCGCCCGAUCUGGUUCCUGGGCAGGGGCCGCUGCCGCCGCCGCCCUGGGCGGGCAGGGCGCGGGCCGACGUCCCUGCCCCCGACGGCGCCCCUCUGCAGCCGCUGCCGCCGCCCCCGGGCUCCCAGGCCGGCCUCCCUGCCCCUGCAGCCGGAUCCUCGGGCGCGUGGCUGCCCUGCACGCCCCUGGCACCCAGAUCGACGGCAGCCUUCCCCGCCGCGAUGCCCGCGCCCCUGCACACACCUACGGUGCCGCCGACCGUCGCCCGAGCUGCUCAAGCCGAAGCUGCACUCGCCGCGGCCCUCCUCACCGCCACGUCUGCGGCUUCGGUGGCUCAGGAGCGCAUCCGUGCGACUGCCUUCGCUAGGGAGCGUCUUCAGCCUGUCGUCCCCUCCACCGAGCACGGCGCUCUGUCCUCCCACCAGGUUUUUCCGGUACACCGGCACUGUUUCCGGUGA